AUGCAGAUAGGGAGCCACCACCCGAGCAGCGGCAAGAGCCCACUGAGUAGCAGCAGCAGUAGUGCUGCAGCACCACUAACGGGCGCUGCUGCAGCUGUAGCCAGUGCAGCAGCAGCUGCCACCAGCAACAGCUGCAGCAGCCGCAACGGCACUGUGAACGGGGAAGCUGCAGCCUGGCUACAAACUAGCGAGCAGCAGCAAAAGGGGCGGCAGCAGCAGCAGAAGCAGCAAAUGCAGCAAGAUUGCAUGCCACGGAGAAGCUAG